CCGCCUCCGCCAUGGCCGCUGCUCACCGCCCGCCGCCGAGGCUACUAAGUGGCUGCCGGGGUACGGAUCUCCGCUGCGGGUCUGUGGCUGCUGGGUCCUCCGGCCGGCGGUGCAUGGGUCACCUCCGAGGCGGGCCCCCAUGCGUUUGGGCCAUGGCGCGCCUGGGCGCUGUGCGCUCUCACUACUGCGCGCUGUUUCUGUCCGCGGCGCUUGCCGUCUGUGCUUUUUACUACCUCGGCUCGGGCCGGGAGACCUUCUCCAACCUGCACUUCGUGAGCGAGGAGGCCAGCCGCGAGGUGGCCAAGGCCCUCCUGCGGGAGCUGCUGCCGCCCGCCGCCGGCUUCAAGUGCAAGGUCGUUUUCCAUGACGUCGGCGUGCUGACGGACAGGCUCUUCCCCGUCGUGGAGGCCAUGCAGAAGCACUUCAGUGCCGGCUCUGGGACCUACUACAGCGACUCCAUCUUCUUUCUCUCGGUCGCCAUGCAUCAGAUCAUGCCCAAAGAGAUCCUGCGGAUAAUUCAGCUGGACCUAGACCUAAAGUAUAAGACCAACAUCCGGGAAUUGUUUGAGGAGUUUGACAACUUCCUGCCAGGCGCCGUCAUCGGCAUCGCGAGGGAGAUGCAGCCCGUGUACAGGCACACAUUCUGGCAGUUCCGCCAUGAGAACCCCAAGACCCGAGUUGGGGGUCCUCCCCCCGAAGGGCUCCCUGGCUUCAACAGCGGGGUGAUGCUGCUCAACCUGGAGGCCAUGCGCCAGUCCCCACUCUACGGCCGCCUGCUGGAGCCGGCGCAGGUGCAGCAGCUGGCCAACAAGUACCGCUUCCGGGGGCACCUCGGGGACCAGGACUUCUUCACCAUGAUCGGCAUGGAGCACCCCGAGCUCUUCCACGUGCUGGACUGUACCUGGAACCGGCAGCUGUGCACCUGGUGGAGGGACCACGGCUACAGUGAUGUCUUUGAGGCCUACUUCCGGUGUGAGGGCCACGUCAAGAUCUACCAUGGGAACUGCAACACCCCUAUCCCAGAGGCCUAAGUCCCUCUCACCUGGCCUGGGGUCUGGGAACGGAUCUAGGGCACCUCUGGGACAGGCCCCGCGGCAGUGUCUGACCUCAGAGGUGCCCUAGAGAGAUGUCCCUGGGGUCCGGUGCUGCAGCUCCCCCACCUCAGGUCACUGCCCUGUGGCCCCAGUGACCACCGGCCUGCACACUGCUGGUGCUUGGGACCUUUUGCCUCCAGCCGUCAUGAACGACAAACACGCAGACCUCUGGUGGGCGAGGAAGCAAGCAUGUGAAAAGAAGGAAGGAAAAAAUGGUGCCACUUGGCUUCAGCCCCCAAAGAAUGGAAACCUUGGACCAAAUAUAAAUUUGUUUUAAAUCGAUAGGUGAGACAGAACAAACAGUCCUGCCGUUGCUCCCAGUGAGCUCUAAAUGUGUGAGUCAGGGUUUUAAAAACCAUUCCCAGAACUGAAGCAUCCAAACGAAGGCCGGCCUUCCGCUGCGCCCCGAGGGGGCUGUGUGCCUACUCCCACGACGCGCGCGUCACUGGGCGCAAGUGUAAAGUCACCACCUCUUUGGGGUGCCUUCAGCACCAACUGUGGCCCACAUGGAAAAACCGGUCCCAUUAUUUUUGCCUUCAUAGCUUUUAUCUCCCAACAUCAUCACAGAACCUCAUCCUCCCUUAGUCAUCUGAGCCAGCUCCAGGUGACCAGACUCUGCUCAGAAGUCAAAUCCUCCAUCAAAGAACAGAGACUGUCCAUCCCCAAGGACAGGCGAUGGCAUUGUCUGGACUAGGAAGGCUCAUUCCAAAGAGGAGCCCGGCCGUGCACAGCCGUGCAGCUUGGAAGAGGCAUCAUUCUUAGACUUACAAGCAUCCUCGUCUCUAUUUAGAAGACUCCUCCUUGUGAUGUUCUUGUUGCACCAGGUCAAACCCCAUACCUGAGAAGACGUUAGGCUGUCGUUUCUUGAUUUCUGCUUUUAGUGAGCGCUCCUGCUUGUGAGUGAGCUGCACACAUGCAGCCCCUGCUGGUUCAUUUUGUACAACCAGUUGAGGUCCCUGGGGAAGAAACGUUGAAUUUUCAUCUCAUUUCAAUUUCAUUUAACUUUUUUCCACCAUAAGUGAGAAGAGUUAAUAAAUAAUCUUUGAGAACACAAUGAUUUACGUGUUUUCCCUCUGAUUACAGCUUUCUACUACCUGAAGGUUCUGAGGCAAGAGCGUCAUCAGCGUGGUUCAGAGUAAGUGUGUUCACAGCCGGCCUCAGGAGGAGCACAUCCGAAGGGGCGGCUAGCAGUGUUGUACUGGGUUCAAAAUAGAGAAUCGUUUCAUUCUAGCUACUGGCAGGCCCGUCUGCUUCUGGAAGCAAAAACAGCCACCUCAUCCCUUCUCAUCCAGCUUACUCCUAACUGGCCAGUUAUAGCAUACCCUGUUAAAACAGCACAUGUCUCUCCUCUCACCUCCGACAGAACUGGUCUGUUCUCUUAGGUUCUUGAUUUCCCAUUUAUAGCUACCAAUUACCACCUGCGUGCUGGGCACUACGUGUGUGAUAGCACACACUAUCACUGAUCCUCAUGAAGGUAAUUUGGAGUCAAAAAUUUUUGGUAAGAAAAAUGACGAGAUGUGGACAGUCAAUGUUUAUCUUUUUUUAUAAGAAAAAAAUUAGGAGCCACUUUAAAUGUUGAAUAUGGGAGUAGAUAAUGUGUUAUGUAUAUAUAAUGGAAUACCUUAGGCAUUAAAAAUAUUUUGAAAAAUAAUACCUUGGAAAAUGCAUAUUGUGUGCUAUUAAGAAGGCAAAACACAAAGUUAUAUGUAUAGUAUGAUCCUCAUUUUAUUUUUUAAAUUACAUAUAUAUGUAUGUGUGUAUGUAAAUAUAUAAAGAGAGAACCUG